GUACAUUUUGAUUUGUUGAUGUGCGUGGUUCUUUAAUUGAUACGAGCGCAAGCACCGUUGCCUUUUGCAAUCGACGUAAUGAUAGAUUUACGCUAUAAUUACCUUACGUGAAGUCAACAAAAAUCGUCUCACAGUCAUUUUACUUUCCACGUCGUCGUUGUCGUUGUCGUUGUCGUUGUCGUUGUCGUUGUCUAGCUGUAGUCUGUAGUCUGUGCUACCAAACCUUCAGUAAACUCGCGCUGCUCCAACCAUCGACACAACAGUUCCGCCUUCGGCAAUCGACUUGGCUUUUGACUUGACAAACGAAAUUUACUUAAUUUUGCUGUUUCUUCGUGGCAUUCGUAUUAAUGGAAAUUUUUUCGGAAGCAAAGUGUUAAGAAUUGCAACAAAUCAAAAAAAGAAAAAAACAAAAACAAAAACAAAAAAAAUACACAAAUAAUAAAAAUCAUAAGCAAAUCUAUAUGCGCAUGACAUACAUAUGUACAAAUGUGAAUCUUUGCUGUUGUUGUUGUUGUCGGUGAAGAGCGUUUGUUAGCUAAUUUACUCAAAACAAAAUAUAAAACAAACAUACAUACACACGUAUAUGUAUGUUGUAUGUGUGCAACGUCACUGUCGGCAUUUUUUAUAUUUGUUGCAAUUAAUAGCUUUAGAAAAACCUGACUCGUUGAAUAUUGAAACAGCAAAACGGAAGAAAGUUUUGAAGUGAUUAUAUAAAACUGGUUUAUUUUGAGAAUUAUUUAUAAACUUGGUGCUGGUGACACCCGACGUAACACGUUGAAUAAUUUGUCUAGAUACAUUCAAACGUACAUACAUACAUAUGUACAUGCAUCGUAUGCAAAUAAUUGCAUGAGUUUAAUAGCUUUUGGCUAGCGUUUUAGUGUGCAACUAAGUGUUCACAAAGCAGCGGUGCUUCCGACUUAAUAUCCCCCCCCCCCCCCCCCAACACACAAACACUCUCUACUUUGUAAAUAAACAAAACAAAGUUCCGCGGUUCAACGUUAUCACAUCAGUAUGCCAGACAAGACACUCAAAUAUGCGGAAUAUUCGCAAUUUCACUUUUCUAUCGCCGAUUACUGUGUUUUUGUGGCGAUGUUGUUGCUAUCCACGGGUACGGGUAUCUAUUUCGGAUAUAUAAGAAAGAAAAUAAAACCAGUUAAACCAAUUAGUAAUUUAGAGAUGAACAAAAACAAAGAACCGGAUUUUGGUUCCAAAGCCAUGAGUGAAUACUUGUUGGGCUCUAGACGACUGAAAGUAUUCCCGGUAGCAAUGAGUCUUGUUGCUAGCUACAUUUCAGGCGUAACUAUGCUGGGCGUACCGUCAGAAAUCUACAACUUCGGUACACAAUAUUGGUUAAUUAUUAUACCGGUUAUUUUAAUGGCAUUCGUUGUGUCAAAAGUUUAUUUGCCCGUUUUUUCGACUUUAAAUGUUGGAUCAUCAUAUGAGUAUCUGGAAAUGCGUUUCAGUUCCAGUGUGCGAAGUAUUGCUUCAUUUAUGUUUGUGAUGGAUGAGAUAUUUUUCUUGCCAAUUAUAUUGUAUGUGCCGGCAAUAGCGUUUAAUCAAGUUACAGGCGUCAAUAUAUACGUUAUAAGUGGGAUCAUUUGUGUAGUUUGCGUGAUCUAUACAUUGAUUGGCGGCAUAAAAGCCGUAGUCCAUACAGAUGCCUGGCAAACAUUGGUAAUGUUUGUGGCGCUGGUGGUUGUGGUUAUAUUGGGUACAAUAGCUGCAGGGGGGCCUGGUACAGUAUUUGAACAUGCCUCCGAAGGUGGACGCCUCAUUUUCUUUAACAUAAACCCUUCCUUGUAUGAGCGACAAUCAUUAUGGGCUGUAUUGAUUGGCGGUUUCUUCUACUGGACUGCCUUUAACAGUGUGAACCAGACAAUGGUGCAACGUUACAUGUCUUUGCCGACAUUGAAGAAAAGUCAACACUCGAUUGUGAUCUUUACAUUGGGUAUCGUGCUCUUCUUAUCAGUUUGCUGUUUUGCCGGUUUAUUAGUUUUUGAUUUCUAUAGAAAUUGUGAUCCGUUAAAUGCUGAACUCAUAUCGAACGACGAUCAGCUACUACCCAUCUAUGUCAUGCAAACUGUUGGCCAUCUACAAGGCAUACCGGGUCUCUUUAUUGCCGGCGUUUUUGGCGCAGCGUUAAGCUCACUCUCAGUCGUACUGAAUGCAACCGCCUUGGUAUUCCUACAGGAUAUUGUGCGUGGCAGUUUUAAGGUGCAACUCAGCGAACGUGCCACAAAUAUUUUGGUGAAAAGUGUUAUCGUUUUGCUGGGCAUAGUUGCGAUGGCAUUGAUUUUUGUGCUGGAAAAGUUGAGUGGCAUUUUGAGUGUUGCCACCUCGGUUACGGCCAUUGCGUGUGGCACCACUUUUGGCAUCUUCACGUUGGGCAUGUUGGUGCCAUGGAGUAAUACGAAAGGUGCUUUAGCUGGUGCUGCUGCCGGUGCGCUCAUGUCCGGUUGGGUGUCAUUUGGCUCACAGGCCGCUAUUGGUGCCGGUCGUUUGAGUCCACAUAAGCUGAAUGUUUCCGUAUCGGAAUGUUUAGCUAACUACACAAUACCAGUGCCGGAUUAUAGUCAAGAAGCGGACGUUUUUCCUUUAUAUCGUUUAUCUUUUCAUUGGAUAACUGUGAUUGGCGUUUUGUCGACGUUACUAGUUGGCACCACUGUGUCUUUCCUCACCGGCCCGACGGUGUUGAAGAAGUUGGAUGCAGAGUUAAUAUCGCCGGUGAUUCAUAGAUUUCUACCGAAAGAGUGCUUCCCACCGCGCAAUGCAAACCCGGAUUUCACGCGAGACAGCACCGCUCAAACAUUCACUCACCUCUUGGCUAACGGUGGAGAGAGUACAAGCGAUGUGGGCAGAUAUUAAGUUACAGGGAUACAAAUUAGUAGUUAUUUAGACAUUUUUUUUAUAGAACAAAUACAAAAGUAACUAAUAGUUUAGUGAGAGUAAAUGCGGUAUUUGCUCAGUAUAAUACAAGAGAGGCAGAUAAUAAGCAGUUUGGUUGAAAAUAACAAAAAAAAAAUCAUU